GUGAGUAUGAGGAACAGCGUGUGUUUACAAGUACUGAUACCGUCUGCUGCUGGGGUUCUGCCAUUUAAAGUGGAAUCACAUGUGUGCCCUGCAGUCCCUGGCAUUAGGAACUUCCAACUAACAAAAAAGAAAUAGCCAAAACUACCAAGACAAGGAGAAUCAUGAACACUGUCCUUUGUUUCCUGAUGCUUCUCUUUACCGUUGGUGCUUUCGUCCAGGAGAUGGAUGAACUGAACUGUAAGACCAUUGGACGUACCGCCUUGUUUUCCAAUUGUAAUUUGACUCAAAUUCCUGAAGUACCAAUGAACAUUUUAUCUUUGAUCUUAACUCAAAACUACAUUCUGGAAUUAAAUUCUACAUCAUUUCCACCACUGCAAGACUUGGAAGUCCUGAAGCUGGAUGGUCAGUGGACUAGAAGGUUGACAGUACAUAAGGAUAGUUUCAGGAAUCUACCUAAACUGAUUGCUCUGGAUCUGUCCUUUAAUAUAGUUCUAGUCCUCGAUCAAGAUGCCUUCACCGGCCUAUCAUAUCUUGAGAACCUUGUCUUAUAUUCCAAUCAACUGAAUGGAUCCUUUUUGGAAAACAAUUAUUUCAAUGAUUUGACCAACUUGGUAUUCUUAGACCUUUCAUUCAAUGACAUCACCUAUCUCAAACCCCAUCCUAAAUUUUAUAAUUUAUACAGAUUUGAAUUAUUAAAUUUAAGGGAAAAUAAAAUAACAAGAAUUUGUGAAGGAGAUUUACACAGUUUCCAACAGAAAAAAAUUACAGUUUUGGAUUUAUCGUACAAUCGGCUGUAUUACUCCAAUGUUAACGACUGGGAACAUUGUGGGAAUCCCUUUCGAAAUAUCGAGUUCGAUACACUUCACCUGGGUGGGAAUGGAUUCAAUGAACAGACCACAAAAGCAUUGUGCAAUGUUUUAAAUGGCACCAAAAUCUUCCACCUCAAACUAAGUCAUCACACAAUGGGACAAGGUUUUGGCUUCCGCAACCUUAAGGAUCCAGAUAAUUCCACAUUUGCUGGACUUGAGAACAGCGACAUUGCAAUCUUUGACAUUUCACAAGGAUACAUUUUUACCUUGCACUCAUACUCAUUUGGAAAACUCUCUAAGCUGCUUCUUCUUAAUCUUGCCGAAAACAAGAUAAACCGUAUUGAAAAUAAUGCCUUCCAAGGCCUUCAAAGCUUACAAUACCUCAAUAUGUCCUUAAACCUGUUGGGUGAAUUAUAUAAUGAUGCUUUUGAAGGAAUCCCAAACGUGCUACAGAUUCAUCUAAACAACAAUCAUAUUGGGCCAAUACAGUGGUAUGCCUUUAGGAACCUUCCAAAAUUGGAGUAUUUAGACUUAACUAACAAUGCCAUUGCAAGUCUUGAAUUUUGUGAUAUUCUGCCUUUGGUAGCUUUUAUUGGUUUGAAGCAAAAUAAACUUCUUUCAAUUAAUGUUGCCAAAGUGAAGGCCCUAACCAUUGACUUUGCUGAGAACCAGCUGACAGAUCUGGCUGAUUUCUUGGCAUUUCUUAAGAAUGCUGUCGUUCAGAACAUCUCCCUACGAAAGAAUCGGCUGGCCAUCUGUACCUACAGCGUUAGUAUUCCAAAAAACAAUUCAGUCCUUUACUUGGACCUAUCCGAUAACAUGAUUCAGCUGAUUUGGGAAAAAGGCCAAUGUCUGGAGAUGUUUAACAAUCUCAACGCUCUUCAAAUUCUACAACUUUCGAGCAACCAUAUUCGAUUCUAUCCUUACAGAAUUUUUAGUGGCCUGACAUCCUUACAAGUUCUCAACUUGUCAUCAAACUUUCUCUCAAACAUCACACCAGACAUUUUACCUGUUAGUGUUCACACUUUGGAUAUAUCCAGGAACCAACUGUUUUCACCCAACCCAGAUGUGUUUCUUCACUUGGGAACCAUUGACUUGCGACAUAAUCAGUUCAUCUGUCAAUGCCCCCUUUUUAAAUUUUUGAUAUGGCUGAAUACAACGAAUACUAGUUUAAUAGGUGACCGGGAAGACAUUUACUGCGCAUUUCCCGAAGACCUAAGAUAUACCUCACUUUAUGAUAUUGACUCUUCAGUCUGCGAUGAACUUACUGUGUUGGGACCGCUCAUGUUUGCCCUAUUUGUGCUCUCGUCUGUUGUCAUUGCGACUUUCAUGACAGUAGUGAUUAUAUACAACCAUUUCCGAGGGGUUUUCUGUGGACUCUACAUGAGGCUGAUAAAGUCUGUACUCGAGGAGGAACCUCAAGAGGAAAAUACUUCCAAAUAUGAUGCUUAUUUGUGUUAUGCCAGAAAAGAUUUUGUAUGGGUUGAAAAUGUCUUUAUCAAAAACUUAGAUUCUGAAUACAGUGACCGGAACCGCUUUAAUCUGUGUUUCGAGGAACGAAAUUUCAUUCCAGGGGAAGAUCAUGUUAUGAAUAUUCGAGAUUCCAUUUGGAAUAGUAGGAAAACCAUUUGUGUUGUCACAAAGCAUUUUCUGCGGGACGGAUGGUGCGUUGAAGCCUUCAAUUAUGCCCAAAGUCGAUAUUUUACAGAACUCAAAAAUGUCCUUAUCAUGGUUGUGGUGGGGUCCCUAUCAGAGUACCAACUAAGGAAAUAUAAGCCCAUCAGGGCAUAUAUGCAGAGGUGUGAUUACUUGAUGUGGCCGGAAGACGAUCAGGAUGUUGAGUGGUUUUUAAGUAGACUUUCCUAUAAGAUACUGCAAGAGGAAAAAGUCAAAGAAAAGGAGGUCAAAGUCAGAACAGUAAGUUCUGCGGUAGAGCUACAACAGAUAGGUGUUUCUUGAGUGGCCAUGACUGAAUUCAUCAACCCGCGUUUUACAUAUGUGGACAUACUACAACUGAGAGUUUCCAGUCUUGGAGUGUUAUACUUUUCUAGAUGCCCACCUUUUGGACCAUGCUCCCAUUGAUGUUACUUUCACAGUAUGGCCACUGAGAGAGUCAUCACAAGAGGAAAUAUGGGAGUAUUGGACAUUGAUAUUAUGGUUGGGUUUGCCAAAUGUGAAUUUGUAUAUAUAAACUAUAUCUCGAAAAUUCAAAGUAUUUUAUAAAUUGUAAUAUAUGAGAAGCAAUUUCAGUCAUUAUAUACAAUAUAUAUUGUCCUACCCUUUCACAUCCAAAGGGCACAGUGUUAUAGUUAUCAGUACUUGUGUAGGCUUUCAUUAAAGGGGUACUCCUCCCCUAGACGUCUUAUCCCCUAUCUUGGCUGCAUCACUCCAGGCAUCCGAUGCAUGGAGCGAACUUAGACUUGCAUUGAGGGGAAGUGGCCGUGAUGUCACGAGCCUCCGGCGCUGCACCCGACGCUCUAAAAGAAUGCCGGGUGCAGGAAGGAGAUCGCGGGGGUCCCCAGCAGUGGGAUUCCCGCGAUCAAACAUCUUAUCCCCUAUCCUUUGGAUAGGGGAUAAGAUGUUUAGAGGCAGAGUACCCCUUUAACUUAAAUCUCCCCAUGUUGGAUUUUGGUAAAUCUGACCCUUAUGUUGAACCUAAAGGUAAGUUGCUAUCAGGGGAACCUAGCAUAGCUUGUCUCUCACUCCCAAUAGAUAUUGGGAAUAACACUUAUGAUCAGUCGAAACCUAAUUUAUGUGCCAGGUCUGGAUUUUGUAUUAGUUGGCACUUUUUUUUGGCAGCUAGAGGGAGCAACAAAAGAUUCCUUCAAGAAUAAAAGGAAUGUCAAAGUUUUUCUCCACACAGCGCUAACAAGGGACCUGAAAAAAAGUGAUAUUAAAUGUGGAAUUGCUCUUAUAUUUAAAGCAUACAUGCACUUUUAAGUGAUUUUAAGGUUAAGCUGUUAUGUGAUGAGGAGUAGCACUCUGUUGUCUGGUGUACAACCCAGUGCAAAAAGGAAGUCUAAGAGUGAGCACUAUAUGUGGCCUUUAUAUAACUUGUAAAUGGCAUUUCUGACCAGGUUACUGCACUACUGGCUACAUUUCCAAUGUUUAGUUGGCCCAGAGCUAGGGGGUAUAGACUAACCACUAUGAUGUCUCUCAUGUCUACACUGAACAAACGCAGAAGAGGGGAUCCUGCUUUCCAAUAGCUCUAUAGCACAUCGGCAGAAGCAUCACAGAGUACACUAUAGAGCAGUACUGAGUAGUGUUAGCUGUGAACCAAGCACUGUGAUGAGAUAUACUCACUACAAGCUGAAGUUCUGUUUCUGUGUCCCUCCGUCUGCUCUAUGCUUCCCUUCCCAUUGACUUUUGUGAGCAGAUGUAACCUGAUACUUAAAUGGGUUGUCCAGCCAAGGAAACAACAUGUGUAUGGUGUCAAAAAAAAGUAUAACAACUUACUAAUAUAAUGUUAUUAGACAUAGUGUAACGCCCCACGGGUGUGGUCCCUCUGUGCCACAAAUGGCAGCUGGCCAGGCAGGCAGAAUGGGGCAAAACUGACACUAUAGAUAGAGUCAGACACAGCAAUGCUGAUUAAGGUGUUUAUUUACAAAGUACAUACAGAGUCCAAGGCAAAAGACAAAUCCAAUAACAGGCAGGGGUCAGAAGACAGACAGGUAUUAGGUAAGGCAGGUUACAGAGACCUUAGCAGUUCAGGUACACUCCAGAAUGAGCAAACAAACAAACUUGCUUGGAGUGCUUUCCAAGGAGUGGAAGAGGAACCACUAGGGAGUGCAUGCCAGCCCUAUAAAACAGAGUAUAAGGAUUCCUCCCGAGGGAUAGCUCUGGGAUCGUCCUUGACACCGCCACGGAACACAUUUCCUCACAAUAAAGCGGCAAACAACAGUACUUUAUGCAAGUCUGGCUCCUUGCCAGCGUUAUUAGACAGGUUGCAGGAUAAAUAAAACAGGAACAAACAAAACCCUAGACUGUCUAGUCACAAACUAAACAAUCCAGCAUGCCCUGACUAACAACUGGUGGGCUUUUCCCGGCCAGUUAAACUUAUGUCUUCUGCAACCUUCUACUCACUAUUCACACACAGCGUUUGCAACCUCUUGCUGUGUGUCUCGUCCACAUCACUCUUUGGGGCCACUCACAGCUCGGGCUGUGUGUUUCUCAGCAGGACCCCGGCCUCCCCCUAUAGCCAGCUUGCUGUCUUCUAGGGAGAGCCACAACUAUUGUGUCUGUGUUCUUUUUAAACACACUUCCCCUUUCUGCUUCCUCAUUAAUUAGGCCACAGGUGGGGGAUUCUCCAGGGUGAGCAAGGGAAAUACACCCUUUCCUUGCCACAGUGUCACAAUAGUCAGUGCUGGCACGUGGCCCCUAGUGGACAGAGCAGCAAGACACACAUCAGACCAGGAAAUGCAGCAGGAACAUGGCACCCAAAAUGUUGCAUGGUGCUGGUAAGACCCAGGGCACAUGGUACGCUGGUGGUUGCCCAACAGCAGUGUUACAAUUAGUUAAGAGAUCUUUCAUAUCAGCUGUGUUGUUUCCCUUGUAAGCUGUGAGGUCACUUUAAAUACAGUCUGCUCUGUCCUUGCUCCUACUGUCAGCCUGGGAAGAGACCACUGAUCUAAGGUGGGAGCCCAUAUUACUGCUUAUUAGAUAAGGCAGAAAGCUGCUCAGUCACAGUACAUUACCUCCCCCCUUCACAUCCCUGGUCUUGUCCUGGGUUGGAAGGUGGGGGGUGGGGAGCAGGGACAGACCCGACUGGCUUUCAGAGCCUGUGAUGUGACAUUACAGCUUUCAAGGGAAACUACAAAGCUGAUAUUGAACAUUCUGCUUUAUUAUACAUUUUGACACCGUACACCAGUUACUUCUUUUGCCGAACAACCCCUUUUAUUGACCUAAUUUGCCUCGACUUGAAGAGUUUUUGCAGAGUGACUGAUGCAUUUAAAGUGUACCUGCAAUGUUGUAAGCAAUUUUAUGAAAAAUGGACAAUAGCCAAAAAAAACACUUUCAUUUUGAAUUUGGCACCAAAAUAUCUUUACAGAGCAUCUAUUCUUUUCACUCCACCACUUAUAAUUGUGUCCAGCUCAGUGUGAGACCAGUGCAGCGUAAUGUGAUUCUAUGGUGAUAGGUCUCAUGCUGAAGACGAGCGCUAUGAAGACGGAGAAGAAUGUUUUUUGUCGUAAAUGGUGUGAUUUGAGGAGAAGGCAUUAAAUUCAAAAUGAAAGUGAUUUAGAAAAAUGAUCAUUGUGCACCGUGGUGCACUAUAAUCAUUUUUCAUUAAAGUGGCCAAAACAUUCGAGGUGCCCAAACAUUGGAGGCUAUGUUCACACAACGGCAGGAAAUUUCCGAGCAGACAUUCUGGAAAGGGCAAUGCAUUUUGGAGCAGAAUCUGCAGAAAGGAUUAACAUGUCUUGCUGAGGAGGCUGGAAUCGGAAUUUCUGCAAGAGGUUUUUUCGCCACCGAAAUUCCGCCAUGUGCAUGGUGCAGAAGAAUCCCACAUAAAAUCUGAUCAUUCAUAACAUACUUUCAAGCUUUAUUAAUGGAGAACGCCUUAGGAUAGGGGAUAAGUGUCAGAUCGCAGAGGGUCUGACUGCUGGAGCCCCCCCAAAAUCUCCCGAAUGGCAACCUACCACUCCUCCUGAAUGUGGACCACAGUACUAAGCUGCAGCCAACACGUCCCCCUCCAUGCAGCUCUGUGGGAGAGCCGCAGCACUGUACUCGAGAAUCUCCGGCUCUGCCAUAGAGCUGCAUGGAGGGGGCAUGUCAGCUGCAGAUUUUCAUACAGAAAGGGGGGGGGGGAGCAGUGUGGGAGAUCGCGGUGGUCCCAUCGGUCGGACCCCGCAAUCUGACACUUAUCCCAUAUCCUUAGGAUAGGGAUAAGCUUUUACCAAUGGGAGUUCUUCUUUAAUUGCCUUCGUAAAAGGCAGCGUGGCUUUGCAUGGAAAGUGGUGUGGCUUUUGGUGUGCUAAAAAUUGCGCCCAAAUCAUCAUUUUUAUAGUCCACAUUUGGAGGCUGUCCAGUGGUUACAAUAGCACAUGCUGCUAUACAGAUAUUAGGAUAUAUGGGCAUUUGGAGGAAUUUAUAUGAUGACUGAAUGGCAAUAGUAUUAUAUCUACAGUCAUUUAAGGGACCAAUGAAAUCUUAUCCUCUUUUAGGUCAUGUUCACACGGCAGAAUUCCUGAAUGGAAUCUGGCAAAAGAAUUCUGUUAGGAACUUCCAUUGCAGCAGAGUCCCAUUGUUUUAAAUGGGAUUGUGCUGCACCAUGCACACGGUGGAAAUCCCGAUUCCGGCCUUGACAUGUCAAUUCCCUCUGCAUAGUCCGCUUGGAAAUGCAUUGCCGUCUAUGGAGAUGAGGUAUUCUUGAGCGGUCCUAGCGCCAGCACUCAUUGUUUGCAGAGUGUCAGCCAGAGAUUUUCUGUCCAGACAUUCCACAAAAAUUCCGCCAUGUUAACAUGGACUUAUGCCUAAAGUGGACUUGGGGGGUGGGACAUCAGACCAUGAAACAGGGAGUCUGUCUUUUGUGUACUGUGUCAUACACCGCUCCCUCCGGCCCUGCAGUUGACAUAGCAUUGGGUAUAUGAUUUACCUCGAGUGCUUCUUUUAAGGGGAAACUAACAGUAGGGUAUGGUAUCCUGAUGCUAAUAGGGGCCGUUACCUUAUAGCACCUUUAAUAUGGUUCUUCUGUAAUAUCAGUUUUAUUGAUAUGUAAAUGAGGCACUGGGGGCAUUCCUUUACCCCUCGGUACACCAAUAUUGUUGCCUGCCCCCUCUUCUCAAAACGAUUGUAUGAAAUUGUACAACACUGUUUUUCAAAUUGGAGCGGGGAACCGGUCUCACUCCAUGGGUUUGAAGGAUAUUAAAGGGGCACUCCACUGCUCAGCGUUUGGAACAAACUGUUCCGAACGCUGGAGCCGGUGCCGGGAGCUCGUGAUGUCAUAGACCCGUCACGCCCCCUCCCAUAGACUUGCAUUGUGGGGCGUGUCGUAAUGAGGAGGUGGGGCUAUGAUGUCACGAACUCCUGGCGUCGGCUCCAGCUUGUUCUAGAUGCUGAGUAGCGGCGUACCCCUUUAAAUGUUAUUGUUUUUUAUUGCUGUAUUCAAUACCUCAUUAUUUUUUAUCUCACUUUGUAUGUGUUAGUGUAAGUCAUAAUGUAUUUGUCAUUUUUGUAUGUGUUGUAUGUACUAAUCAUUAUGUAUUUGUCAUAUCCCUUAGCAGAGGCAGCCAUGUUUACUGGACCAUCUAAAAAUAAUUAUGUAAAUUUGGGGGGAGGGGGGGGGGGGUGUUCAGGAACUACAUUUGCUAUUCAGAGCAGAGGGUAACUACAAUGGAUGAGUCUCAUUUUGGAGGACCCAGCAUGUUCACACAUUACAUAGGCAGUCCAUUGAUUUAAACUGGAACUAUGUCAUUUUUCAUUUUCCCUGCGGAGGCGCUGCUGAAAACAAAUCUACACUUUUCAUCUAUUUCCCCCAGAUUACAGACAAUGACUGGAGGUGUAAGUAAUGGGACACCAUGUGAUCAGAUUAUCUUUAUGAGACUCUUCUAACAAAAAAAGGGAUUGUCCAUGAUGGACAACCCCUUUAACUUUUAUAUCAAUUGUUAAAGGGGUUGCCGCAUCUAGUCAACUGGUCAGG